AUGGAGCUCGCCGUCUCCUUGUGCGCGUUGGCAGUCCCACGCUGGCCUGCCCCCGCGCCUCCGCUCCCUGUAUCAGCUCAGAACAGGAGCCGACGCGGGUUCUCUGCAGCAUUCAGAGCAGUGCGCAGGUUCGACUGGGACGCCCUUGGCCGCGGCCACGCUUCCCCUAAGUGUUCCAGGGGUCCCCAUCUGCAGCCGGCCCGUCCUCUGCCACAUGGCACCUGUCCCUCCGCGAGUCUGCUCCAUUCUUUGUGCGGCCCGUACUCGCCUGCUGCCACCCCGCGCACCGCCUGUUGUUGA